UCGUGCGAAGAAGAUUAAGCCUGGGGAGGCGGAUUUCGAAAUGUCAGAUGAGCAGACAGCAGAAUUUCUGUGGCAGGCAAAGUUGGCAACUGGAGAUUAUCAUAACGCCAUGACGGAUGGGAUGUUCAUGCAGUGGUUGAGGCGCCGACUUACCCCGGCCUUCGAUGCGCAGUUCAAGAACAAGAAGAUGUUUCUCGUUCUCGAUAUCGCCUCAUACCACCACUGCUUGGACGAGGAGCUCAAGGUGCCCGAAACCAACAGUAAAAAGUACAACGUCGAACUCUUGCUUAUGUAUGGUUGCACGUCGUUCAAGGUGACGCGUGAGUCGGAGGGUAAGGCUGCUGAGUACAACUUUGAGGUGCCGGCGCAGGGGUCGCUACCCAAUGCGAACCGCAAGAACGGCGUCAGCAAAGAAGAGAUAGCCUCCGUCACUCGGACGUACUUCAAAAAGAAUUUUCCACAAAAGCUCGAGGAAAAGGCUGAGACGUACAUAAGGGAGAAGGGGUGGGGGUUAAUUUGGACACCGCCAUACACGCCGACUUUCCAGCCGAUGGAGCUGUUCUGGCAGCACGGCAGGCAUUACGUGAGCAUUCAUUUUGAGAAGGGGCGGAAAAUGUUUGAUGUCUGGAAGCAUGUCCGUUUCGGUUGGUGUGGAGACCCGGUCAGGAGGGGGGGUGGAAGGCAGCCAGUUGUGGAAAGUUGGUGGAGCAUGCCAUUGGCAAGAUGAACGAGUGGAUCGGCCUGUAUGGUGGAAACCUGAGCGGUACGAUCGGUAGCCUCGACUAUCUAGUGGCAGAGUACCAAGAGGCUACGGCCGAGGAUGAGAUAGAGGAUGGGGUGGAGGAGCAGACGGAUGAGUGGCUGGGUGAGGACGCGGAAGAUGCCAUUGAGGGCUGAAAAAAAAUGCAAAAAAAAAAUGCCCUUUAUUGGGUCACUAUUUUUCGACUUCGAUUCACGGACAGCGACACGAAGGGGGCUGCACAGAGUGCAAGCUGACAUAUUGUUUGAUAUUUCGCAAUUGAGAUGGCUGUAUCACCCUAUUCAAACCAUACAUGGAUCACCGGUGCAAGCCCUGGGGCCGCAUCGUUUGAACACUGCGCUUCAAUAUUUUUGGAACAUCGCCGGGUACGAUCACACACUAAUUUCGAUAUAUA